AGCUUUGUGUCCUCUAUGAAUCAUUAUCAAGAGGCAAAGGUCAUCAUCGUGUACAGCUAUACAGCGAUAUUGGAGUUGUAUCUUCUUUGUUCGUUGGACGCAACCAUGCGCGCUUGCAAAUAUCUGUUCAGCUUUCUUUUACUCGCAGUCGGGCAUCGUUAUGUGACAUGUAGAACUAUAUAUUUGGAGGUUAACACACCUACGAAGGAGGAGAUAGCGUUUCUAAAGAAAUAUGGGUACCUACCAGAAGAGUCCGCCGAGGAUAUUGACUUCGCGUACACUCCGCAGUCCAUUUCAGAAGGCUUGAAAAAAAUGCAAGCGUUUGCAGGAUUGCCAGCGACCGGCACAUUGGACAGCGAAACUAAAAAACUGUUCAAUAUGAAACGGUGUGGCGUGAAGGACAUAGAGAACAAUAUUUCGACAAGAAGUCGCCGGUAUCUUGUCCAGCAGGGAUGGAGUAGCAAGAACAUCACGUUUAGAGUCUUAAAUGAACCCUCUACGCUAUCGAAAGAGCGCGUUGAAAAGCAAGUGGAAGCAAGCUUGGCGAUAUGGGCUCCGCACGGAGGACUCACCUUCACAAAAGUGGACACAGGCCAUGCUGAUAUACGCUUCUCAUUCAUGCGGGGAGAUCACGGAGAUGGGUUUCCUUUUGACGGGCUAGGUCACAUAGUGGCUCACGCGUUCCCCCCUCCGGUGGGAGCGCUGCACUUCGAUGACGACGAGUUCUGGGGGGAUAGUCCCGAUAAGGAACAACAAGUGGAAAACGACAUUACCGACUUAUUUGCUGUAGCAGUUCACGAGAUAGGGCACGCCCUCGGCCUGUACCAUUCGGACGUGAAGAGCUCAGUUAUGUAUCCGUAUUACAAGGUGUCGGUAGAGAAGCUAAGCUUGGAUGACAUAAUGGGCAUGCACGAGAUCUAUAUGAAGGAUGAGCUGUUCGAGCUGGAGGACAUACCACUGGAUGUGACGGAAAGCGACUCCUCAGUGGUGCCCAAGUUCACGCGGGCGGAUGACGAGUCGAACGAGAAUGAGAUACCGGACCUGUGCUACACGAACUACGACACCAUUCAAGUCAUACAGGGGAAAAUAUUCGUGUUUGAAGAGGAGUGGGUAUGGGUGCUCAGUAAGAGGCGACAAAUCGAAGAGGGCUAUCCGAAGAGAUACCACGAUGUGUUCAUAGGACUCCCAGCAGAUAUCAACAUUGUAAAGACCAUUUAUGAGAAACCUAACGGGAAAAUAUCUAUAUUCUCAGGGAGACAGUACUGGGAGUUCGACUCAAACUUCCACUUCUUAAAGCGCGGCAGUAUAACCGAGUACUCGAUACCUCGAAACGUGCCAGAGCUGACUACAGUGUUCAUAUCCAACUAUAACAACAAGACCUACCUGAUUGAGUACGAGAGGUUCUGGCGGUACGACGAGGCGAAAGGUGCCAUGGACAAGGGCUACCCGAAGGAUAUGUCAGCAUGGAGGCAACUGCCGUACCCAGUUGAUGCUGCUAUCAUAUGGGAAGAAGACACGUUUUUCUUCCGCGGCCCGCGAUUCUGGCGGUUUGAUAACGAAUUGGUGCAGGCCCACGAGUACUAUCCACUGCCAACAGCACAGAUCUGGUUCCCGUGUCAGUCCAACGAUGAAAUGUACAGAUAUAUCACCAACGACGAGCCCUGAUGUAUGAUGUCCGUGUGUGUGAAUAUUUGUAGUAUAUUAUACACAAAUUAAUGAGUUAUUAUAAUUGUAUGUGGU